AUGAUUAUCUUCUGUGUGCUGGCGCUGCUGAUGCCUGUCUUUCUCCUGGUCAUCUUCUUCUGGACUGUCUUUCAACACACCCUCACCACAGAUGUCCCUGCCACCUUGAAGCACCCUGUCAAGUUCAGGCUUAUACACUGUAGAAGGUUGGUGAAGGCCAACACACAGCUAAGAGGGAAGUCAGAUGCAUAUUACGAAGGCACAGUGACACAGCAUAGAAAAACUGAACCUAUGAGCAGAGGACAGGAAGCGCACAGGUGGAGCUGCAAAGAAUACAGCUGCCUUGGACGGUUGACUUUGUCCACGUUUGAUGACCUCCAAGCCCUCAUCCCAAAGGGAUAUAUAUUGGAGAAGUUGAUAAUUUGCUCCAUGCCCAGCUUUAUCUGUUACAUACACAGCAGCAUGGAAAUUAAGAAGGAUUCAAGGGUUCUGCUGACUGGCCUAUGUUCUGGGACUACACCUGUGAGGCUCCUUCAGCCCAAGGUGGCCUCCUCCAGCCCCCAGCAAGGAGGCUUUGCCUGCUACCUUGGCAGGGUAGUGUGGGAUUUCUUCACAACCACCCAGGACUGCCUCCAUACACCGCCUGACAUCCCUGCAAACCUUUGGGGUAGACCCUUCCAGGGGUCCUGGGGGAACACCGCUGCCAGGAUGAACCAGAUCUUGGUGCAGUGGCCAGGUGUCCCCUGGAUCCGUGCCCAUGUCCUGAUUAGAUCCAUUGUUCAGCUCACCCAUCCCACCCACAGUAGCGGAAUAGACUUGGCUGUCAGCAGCUUCUGGAAGGAUGCCCUCUUGAGUGGUCUUUUUAUCCCGAAAGAAAUGUGGAGAAAACACAAGAAGUGGCUCAGUGUCAACAAUUUACCUCAGAGAUUUGAGAAGACCAGCCACCAAGUCAUGCUCCAAGGUCCUUUCAACGAAGCUGCUUCCCUAGAGAGCAAACAUCUUGAGCUGGAGGUGUUGCCAAUCUUAGCAGAUGAUAAGAUCGUCGCUCAGCUUCUGGAGACAUUCCUAGUGAGAUGUGAGAAUGGCAUUCUCCAUGAUGCCUCCCGGCUCUGUAAGGUGCUUGAAGAACAUGGGGUCCCUGUGACAUGA